UCUCUUAACCCCCCAUCCCUGUCUCCAUUACAGCAAUAACAUUAACAAACAACCAAAGCGGUUACUUUAAUCACACUGCAAAUGGAUGGCAGAGGAGGCUGCUGCAUCGCCCGCUAUGUACCCGGUGCAUCCCACGUCUCCACCGUCGACAAAAUAAUGCUCAGGUUUCGCCCCAUCGCUCCCAAACCCGUCGCCGCAUCCAUACCUUCCGAUGCUUCUUCCUCGGAGAGCAGCGACACCUUACUCAAAACCAGAACCACAAAGAGAAAGUGCGCAAGUGAUAUCAACUGUCCCGCCAAACGAAGGACUCGCCGCAGGAAGAACACAUCCUCUCCCAAGCAGAAGCCGCCGGCGGUGACUCUUCCUUUAUUGCCAGAGACUCCCGUUCGGAAGGUUUCUCCGGUGAUGGAUCUAACUCCACCGGGAGUAAAACAAGCAGGAAGCAACGACAUCAGCAACACGAACAACUACUUGAAGAAGAACGUGCCGAUGUGGGUGAGUUUCGAGAAGCGGAGCUUGACGAGCAAGGUUGAACCGUACGGCGCGAUGAUGGGAGGGUGGUGUUCGUGUGUGACGGUGGAGUGCGUGACGAGCACGUGGGUGGAGGGCGAGUGGCUGGGGAGUACGGACGAGGAGCGGAGGGUGAGACUGAGCAGGGACACGUGUCCUGGGUUCAUAUCGGACGGGCACGGGAGGGUGACGUGGACGAACGAAGCGUACGGUGAGAUGAUGAAGGGAGAGAGACAGGCACCGGUAUUUCUGGUGAUGAAGGAGGGUGCACUGGUUUCUUGUCCUUCCUUCACUUGUAAGGUGAAGAUGGUGAAAUAUUUAUUUGGUAGGGAGAGAGGUUCGCUUACGUUAAACUGUGAUGUUUGGAGAAUGGAUUUUGGUGGUUUUGCAUGGAGGUUGGACGUUAAAACUGCUUUGAGAUUGGGUUACUGAUUACAAAGACGAAGCUUUUGAUCCAAAUUGAACACUUUUUCUGGAAGUGCUCAGAACUGUAAAUAUGUACAUAAUAAGGUGGGGAAAAAAAAGGGUGAAAAAUGUGUUGUGGGAGAGAUGGGACUUAGGAAGGGUAGGUGGUCGCAAACCUAUUGAAUGUCACUUGGGAUACCAUUAACCUAUGUAACUCUGGCGUAUGCUGAUUGCACCACGUUGUUGAGUCCAAGCCAACCGUGUAAACUUU